CGUCCACGCUUAUCCAGGGUCGGAUGGAUCCGCCGUCCCAGGAGUGUUUCCCUCUCAACGAGAAUAAUAUUAACCUGAAAAAUUACACGCCAGCUGGCUCGAUCGGCCACCACUCGUCCAUUGUCCUCCACCGAGUCAGGGCCCGUAGCACUCCUCUAUCCUCGUUGCCUCUGCCAUAGCAUCUUCAACUAUGGCUUCCGGCGGCACCAUGAGAGGCACGCCCAAUCGAGGCCAGGGGCGUGGACAGAUGCCGGUCUUCAACAACAGCCCUUCGAACAUCCCUCGUCCGGCCCUCGAUGCUCAUGGAGGUCAUGGAGCUACGUCGACGAUCAGUGAUGCUGGGUCGUCCACCUUGACUGCCAGCAGACAGAAGCAGUCGAAAAGAGAUGAGGCCAUCCGGAGGCGGAUGGAGGCCGAUCUCAGCAAGAAGAAGCAUGCCACGGGGAGAGCACGGCAGACACGGAAGGCCCCUCCGGGAACUGUCCUCGCUUUACGACCGAGUCAAGCUCUCCAGAUCAAGCCGAAUACAACGGUGGCAGAGGCGGCACAGUUGAUGGCAGCCAAGAGGGAGGACUGUGUUCUUGUUACCGACGACGAUGACCGAAUUGCUGGUAUUUUCACUGCCAAGGAUCUGGCUUUCAGGGUCGUUGGAGCCGGUAUCAAGGCCAGCAGCAUUACGAUUGCAGAGAUCAUGACAAAGAACCCGCUAUGUGCCCGAACGGAUACGAGUGCCACGGAUGCAUUGGAUCUGAUGGUCAGAAAGGGCUUCCGCCAUCUGCCCGUCAUGGAUGAGAACCAAGAUAUCUCCGGUAUCCUCGAUAUCACCAAGUGUUUCUACGAUGCCAUGGAGAAAUUGGAGCGAGCAUACAGCUCGUCACGAAAGCUGUACGACGCGUUGGAGGGUGUUCAAUCCGAAUUAGGUUCAAGCCAACCCCAACAGAUCAUUCAAUAUGUCGAGGCUUUACGAUCGAAAAUGUCGGGUCCUACACUGGAAUCCGUUCUUACUGGCAUACCUCCCACAACUGUCUCGGUCCGAACAUCGGUGAAGGAGGCUGCCGCCCUGAUGAAGGAGAACCACACCACAGCUGUCCUUGUCCAAGACCAAGGUUCGAUUACUGGAAUCUUCACCAGCAAGGAUGUAGUUCUUCGUGUCAUUGCUCCAGGAUUGGAUCCCGCCAAUUGCAGUGUCGUGCGUGUCAUGACUCCCCAUCCUGACUUUGCUCCUAUGGAGAUGAGCAUCCAAGCCGCAUUGCGAAAGAUGCAUGAUGGUCAUUAUCUCAACUUGCCAGUCAUGAAUGAGGGUGGUGAGAUCGUAGGCAUGGUAGACGUCCUCAAAUUGACCUAUGCCACUCUGGAGCAGAUCAACACCAUGUCAACUGGCGACAGCGAAGGCCCGGCAUGGAACAAGUUCUGGAUGUCGCUAGAACACGAAUCUGAGUCGAUGGUGUCUGGAGAGGGCAGUCACCAUCACACUAUAGGUGCAAGAUCCUUAAUGUCUCCUGACAUGUCUCGUGGACAUGUUGAUCCCAGUGUUGGACCGGGCGAUUCUGCAUCUCAUACUGGAGCGGAUUCCCCGCCCCAUUCUGCCGUGGCCGCGCAUCCCGAGGUUCCACCAGAGGAAAUCCCAUUCCCGUUCAAAUUCAAGGCACCCAGUGGCCGCGUUCAUAGACUUCACGUUGUUGCCGCUCAUGGCAUGGCCGAACUUAUUGACGCUGUCACCGCAAAAUUGGGUUCUGAGGUUGACGCUGUUGGUGGCGCGGCCACUUUUGAGGAUGGGAAGCUUGGCAGUUCCGGCUAUGCCCUGAGCUAUUUGGAUGAUGAAGGUGAUACCGUUUCCCUCACCACCGACCUUGAUCUCGUCGAAGCCAUCGUCCUUGCUCGUCAUGGCCACCGUGAGAAGGUAGACCUAUUUGUGCACGACCCCGAGAAGCCCCCUAGCCCUGUCCCUGUCACUUCGGAACAGCCAGCGGCCAGUCAUACCCCAACUCCACCUGCAUCGACCAUCCGCGAACGGAGAAGGGUAGUUUCUGAUGAGGAUGAGGAGAGCGAAGAGGAGCAACCAGUCAGGAGAGCGAGAAAGACCGCAGGGAAAUCGACUGAAGACCAGGUAAUUGCGGGUGUCCCUAACGAGUUGUUGCUACCAGGUGCAAUUGUGACCCUUGCAGUGGUGAUUCGCAAUAUCGAGCUCCGCGAAACCUCGAAAAAGUUCACCACCAAGACCAAACGACAGCUAAGUCCCCUAUCGACCAUGAUACUACGAAAUGUAGCUGUACGGCAUGGCCGUAGGGCACUUGCCGCACCACUCCGCAGAUCAUGCCUUCGAUCCCUUACCACCGAAGCUCUCACCCAAGAAAUCGAAGCAAUUGAGCGUUCCAUAGAGAAUCACACAAGGGAAACGCAUUCGAUUGAAGCAAGUAUCAACCAACUACAUAGCAGUCGCUCUUUUGUCCCUCCUACCGUCGCUAGCGAGUUUCCCUCGGAAGUCGCAGAACACCACCACCUCUUCCGCUCAAUCAAGAAAAAGACAAACAACUUGGGCUCCGUUCUAGGCCCACACUACAAACCGCAUGAGCUCAUCACAAAUCCUCCCCGUCCAAAAGAUAUCUCAUUGGAGUUGUUACUCGCGUCCCAGACCCAUCUUGGCCAUUCGACGAGUUUAUGGAAUCCCGGAAACCAACGGUAUAUUUAUGGUAUUCGCCAGGGCGUGCAUAUCAUUUCGUUAGAGGUUACGGCGGCACAUCUGAGAAGAGCAGCAAAAGUAGUAGAGGGUGUCGCCUACCACGGCGGUCUCAUCCUCUUCGUUGGCACCCGACCCGGCCAAGCCCCCGCUGUGGUCAAAGCCGCGCAGCUUGCCCAAGGCUGCCAUCUCUUCGAGCGCUGGACUCCCGGCUCCAUCACAAACAGGGAUCAGAUUCUCUCCAGAUGUGCGAUCAAGGCUGUGGACAAAGAUGAUAACGUUCUGGAUGGGUAUGAUGAGAAGCUCGCAGAUUGGACAGCCUUGAAGCCAGAUUUGGUGGUGGUGCUGAAUCCGCUUGAGAACUAUAUUCUCUUGCAUGAGUGCGGACUCAACAACAUCCCGACUAUUGGCGUGAUAGAUACGGAUGCUGAUCCAACUUGGGUUACCUAUCCAAUUCCUGCGAAUGAUGACAGUUUACGCUGCACCCAGUUAAUUGCCGGAAUUUUGGGACGCGCAGGAGAAGAAGGGCAAAAGAAACGGCUUGAAGCAGCGAAGGAGGGUAAAAUAACUUGGCUGCCACCUCCUGGUCUCGGGCCUCCAGUGUUGGAUGAUGGUGCAUCUGCGCCUCCGGCAUCGAAACAAAGGAGAAUUGCCGAGGGGGGUGCGGAACCAAGAAGGAGAACUACUGAGGCCGACGCGGAUCUGUAGCAUGUAUGAUAAUAUAGAUUGGUGAUGUGUUGGACGUGUAUAUUACAUGGUUGGCAUGGCGCGGCGCCUUGGAUGUAGAAAUGAAAGCGCUGUUCCUGUAUAUAUAAAUCCCCUCUAUUUGUACGGCCACUGCUUGAUAUAUUGGGGCAAGUAAUCCCAGCUACUCAGAUUAACACUUGAAUACUAGGUACCUAACCAAACACCUAUCAU